AGCUUCCUGAGAAGGAGUAGAGCCUCAAGUAACUAUAAAUAACAAAACCUUGAUUCACCAGCUUCACCUCAAAACCUCCAUCUCUCUGAAAAAGAAGAGGAAAAGGAUCUGGAGAGAGAUGGCGGUGAAAAUGCAGCUAUCCGGCAAAGAGAAGGCCUCCGACGCCCUCCCCCUCCCUCUCUACCUCACCAACGGAGUCUUCUUCACCCUCUUCUUCUCCGUCGUCUACUUCCUCCUCCUCCGCUGGCGCGAGAAGAUCCGCAACUCCGUCCCCCUCCACGUCGUCACCCUCUCCGAGAUCUCCGCCAUCGUCGUCUUCCUCGCCUCCUUCAUCUACCUCCUCGGCUUCUUCGGCAUCUCCUUCGUCCAGUCCCUCAUCCUCCCCCGCGCCCCCCACGACGACGAAGACGACGACAUCCUCAUCGACGACCUCAUGCUCAACGAAGACUCCCGCACCGCCCCCUGCGCCGCCGCCGCACCCCCGACUAAGAUCGUCGCCGCUCCAAUCGAACCCCUCCCCGAGGAGGAUGAAGAGAUCGUCAAAUCCGUCGUCCAAGGAAAAAUCCCCUCCUACGCCCUAGAAUCCAAAUUAGGCGACUGCCGCCGCGCCGCCUCCAUCCGCCGCGAGGCGCUGCAGCGCACCACCGGCAAAUCCCUAGCCGGCCUCCCCUUGGAAGGAUUCAAUUACGAGGCAAUUUUAGGUCAGUGCUGCGAGAUGCCGGUGGGGUACGUCCAGAUUCCGGUGGGGAUCGCCGGCCCUCUCCUCCUCGACGGCGUCGAGUACUCCGUUCCGAUGGCCACGACGGAAGGCUGCCUCGUCGCGAGCACGAACAGAGGAUGCAAGGCGAUCCUGGCCUCCGGCGGCGCCACCAGCACCGUCCACAGAGACGGCAUGACCCGCGCCCCUGUCGUCCGGUUCGGGUCGGCUAAACGGGCCGCGGAGCUCAAACUAUUCCUCGAGGAGCCUCUCAACUUCGAGACGCUCUCGCUUGUGUUCAACAGCUCCAGCCGCUUCGGGCGCCUGCAGAAGAUCAAAUGCGCCAUCGCCGGGAAGAAUCUCUACAUCCGAUUCACCUGCAGCACCGGCGACGCCAUGGGGAUGAACAUGGUCUCCAAGGGAGUCCAGAACGUCCUAGACUUCCUCGUCAGCCAGUUCCCCGACAUGGACGUGCUCGGCAUCUCCGGCAACUACUGCUCCGAUAAAAAGCCCGCCGCGGUGAACUGGAUCGAAGGGAGAGGCAAAUCGGUGGUGUGCGAGGCCAUCAUCAAGGAAGAAGUAGUGACUAAGGUGCUCAAGACUAAUGUGGCUGCGCUGGUCGAGCUCAACAUGCUGAAGAAUCUCACCGGCUCCGCCAUGGCCGGAGCGCUGGGAGGAUUCAACGCGCACGCUAGCAACAUCGUGUCGGCGGUGUACAUCGCGACAGGGCAGGACCCGGCGCAGAACGUGGAGAGCUCGCACUGCAUCACCAUGAUGGAGGCGAUCAACGGUGGGAAGGAUCUCCACGUGUCGGUGAGCAUGCCGUCGAUCGAGGUGGGGACGGUCGGGGGAGGGACGCAGCUGGCGUCGCAGUCGGCGUGCCUGAACCUGCUGGGGGUGAAGGGAGCCAGCAAGGAGGUGCCGGGGUCGAACUCCAGGCUGCUGGCGACCAUCGUUGCGGGGUCCGUUCUGGCCGGAGAGCUGUCGCUGAUGUCGGCGAUUGCGGCCGGGCAACUGGUGAAGAGCCACAUGAAGUAUAACAGGUCGUCCAAAGAUGUGACCAAGCUCUCGACUUGAUCAAGUGUCCUGUACAGUGAAACUCAAUUCCACUACUAGUACUAGUUACUCUAAUAAGGAAUAUGAAUGGAGUGGUAAUAUCUAUACAAACAUGUAUAAAUUGCUUGCUUUCUGUAUUCGUUAUUCAAUUGUUUGGCUACCUAUUCUCAAAUUACAAAAGCUAGCUUCUGUUUCUCCA